UCCACUCUGCAAGGAUUCGCACUCUCUCCUCUCUCGCUGCAAGUCAGUCAGUCAGUGGGAUUUCUCUCAUCAUCAGAUUUGUGAGGAGUAUAGAGAAGAACGGCAGACUCACUCCUGCAAUACAUUAGUCGUCGUGUUUCGAACUCCUCUGCUGUUGUCCCCAAAAAAAUAAAGUCGAGUCGAAUUUAAAUUUCUUCACCACUUUUCUCCAAAAGGGAAGGGUUAAAAGGGGCUCAGACAUUUGUGAAAAACACUUGAACAUUUUCACCAAGGGUUCGCACUUUCUCGUCCUUUAUCCUGGUCCACUAAUUCGAUUGGUUUUUAGUGCUGUCAUAUACAUAAUUUUCUCCCAUUCAUUGGAUUCUUAAUAAUCAAAUUCCAAAGUUUCAAGUUGUGGGUUGUACGUAGCAAAUUUAACCUUCAGAAUCAGAAUAAUUGGAGCAACUUAUAUCAGCUACAGAAGGAAGAGGAGGAGGAUAUUUUGGAAUUUCUGACAUCUGACACUAUCAGAUUGGUUCGAAAACUGCAGCAAUAAAAAGUUGUACUACUGUGGCUAUUUUAUUAAGAUGUUGGCCGUCUGUAACGUUUAGUGCUGUGAUUUGUGAUUCCUUUCUCGAAAUAUUAAGGAUACGAAUUAUAUGUGCUAUAAUAUAAGUGCCCUAACGCACCCAACAGUUCCAAGUCCAUAAUUCAAUUAUGCAAUAAUUUAGACACAAAUUAAUGCUUAACUGUUUUCACGUACGAUUUAAAGUUUAUACAUACAUAUAAAGUUUUGCAAGCGUGGCACAGCAAAUCACCAGUUUAAAUCUCAUGUCGUUGGAUAGAUUAGGCGACGUUUUAUAAAGUCGAACGAACGUUUUCUUUCUAAAUAAUUAGUUUGUUGCUGCUUAUGGUUUCGAUUGAUUUGUAUUUUCUCUAUUGUUCUACCAUUAGCUGAAAAAAAAUUAAGAGACCUACAUGAAUUUGUGACUGUUUGUGUUAAAAACUUGGAUCACACAGGAUAAGAAAAGCUUAUCAUUUAGUUUCAUUUGUUCGUUCAGGAUAACGACAAUCAUUCCCAUAAAGGGUGGCGCUUACAUGAAUGGGGAGAUUGGAUCUUCGGUUAGAUCGGUUGGGGAGCCUGGGCCAACAAUGGUGUAUCAACCUGUGGGUACCACCCACACCCCUCAUCCUCAUCAAUCUGCAACCCAAUACUCUGAACAUCAUCAUAGCGGCAUGAAUGGAAUGAUAAUGCCGCAGGAUUUGUACGGCGAAACAGUCGAGACGGCUGCUGAAUUGCAGAAUUUCAAUGGCUCGGAAAAUAAACGAGGGUUCAACAGUCAUGAAACUAUCUCAGGUCAACCUGCCCAAGCUGGUCACAUACCUGACCUUCCUAUUACCGAGCUAAAACGAAUGCUUCUAAUUCAACUCGAAUAUUACUUUUCGCCGGAGAAUUUGGCAAUCGACAAAUACUUGGUUACUCAGAUGGAUCAGGACCACUACGUUCCGAUUGCUACCUUAGCGACUUUCAAUAUGGUUAAAAAACUAACAUCUGAUAUUAAUCUCGUCACGGAAGUACUGAGAGAAUCGGCAAAUGUUCAGGUGCAUCCUGACGGCAAAAGAGUCAGGCCUGUCAGCCAUCGAACUGUUGUCAUUCUUCGGGGCAUUCCGUCAUCUACUUCAGCGGAAGAAAUCAAGAACAUAUUCGACAACGAGAAUUGUCCCAAGUGUACGGGUUGUGAAUUUGCCUUCAACGACUCUUGGUAUGUCAGCUUUGAAUCAGAUGAAGAUGCUAUGCAGGCCCACAGAUACCUAAGAGAAGAUGUUCGAGAGUUUAAGGGUCAUCCUAUCAUGGCAAGAAUCAAAUCAAAGCCAACGACUUUACUCUCACAAGGAGUUGCAAUUGGUGUCCCCGCAGGCAUAAAAAAUGGAUACAGUCAACCUGGAGGGAUGAUGCAGUCUUACAUGGCGACGGCGACUCCAUUCGUACCUGCAAGUCAACAACAACAAACUGGUGCAAACAAUGGGCCUGCAUCUUUAUAUGCCCCUGCACAGCAGGUUCAUCAAAAUGUAUUCCCCCUACCAUCGAACUAUCCAGGAUUUGGGCAAUGGCCUGGAUAUUUUGACAGUCUAUCUAUGUUCUCCCUGAACGGACUUCAACCUCAAGGCCCAUCAGGAUAUGGGAAGUCAGCCCCAAUGAAUAAUCUAAGGUCACGUAAUCUCAACCCCAUGCGUGGCGUUGGUCCGAGAAGAACAAUGAGUUCAGGCAGUGAUUCUCAAGUUGUGAGCGGUACUGGAGGAAACAAUAAUGGACUCCAGCCACAACAACAUCAACAGUCAUAUAGCAGUAAUAACCAGCCACCCCGCAAGAACACCGCUCCUGUUCCUGCUCCCCUUCUAGGCAUGGUACCACAAAGUUUGAUUUCUCAUCCGUCUUCUCACUCCAACCAUCAUCCUUCGGUGCCCCAUAAUUCGAUUCAAAACUCAUCUAAUCAAUCCACAAAUGGAGGUCGACACUAUAGUAGUAACGCAUAUUCCCAAAGUUUACCCCACGUGGUUGACAACGGUCAUUAUACGCGUCCAUAUCGUGGGACUGGCGAUUCGAGACCAAGGUCUAGUAUGAGCUCCAGCUCUAGAAGGCUCCCCCGUCGAGACGAGGAGUGCUCGUCGUAUGACUAUAGCUCACCUGGUACAUCUAGUUCUUCAAAUUAUCGAGGAAAUCCGUCCAGCCGCAUUAAUCCUCCAGUAGCCGUCUCACCUCAAAUCCCUGCACAAUUAUCUGUAACAAAUCAAAAUCAUCAAAUUGAUUUGGAUUUGGAAGGAUCGUUUCCACCGCUUCCAGGUUCAGCCAAUGCAUCCAGCAAAAAUGGAGAAAUUAGAACUCCCCGUGUCACUUCGAUACCAAAAGGACUAUCCGAUGUGGUAAAGGGUUUCAAGGGUGUGAAAUUAGAUGAUGGUUCUUCUGCUGAUAAGGAAGGGCCUAAUGAGAUCGUCGUCAGUGCUGCCGAGCCUGGAUCAUCAAUUAGCUCUGGAUCCCCUGGUGAGGUUGUUGUGUCUGCGGCGCAGAAAGAAGAUAGCAACGACAUGUCUAGUCAUUUAUUUAAGAAAGAGUAUCGCGAGAUUGGAGUCGGCAGUGCCGAUGAGAAUCACGAUAGCAUUCAAGCAAAAACUGGCGUUGUGAGCCAUACACAAACGGCUGACAAAUCAACACGAACUGAUGAACACCUCCUAUAUGGGGACCAACCAAAUGGUGGAAACAGCAGAAAUAAUAGUCAGAUACAACAAACUCAACAACUGGCCCAAAUUGUUGGGAACAAUUAUCGAAAAUCCGUAACUUCACAACAAGGAGGUGCAAGUAAAUCUCCAAUUAUUCCUAGUAAUCUUAAUCGUGUUGGAGUUUCACACAUAACCGGAACUGAAGUGCCUUUAAACAACCCCUCCCCAAACUCGAUGCGCGGUGCUCCUUCGACUCUGUAUCCAGACAAUAAUCGUCUUGGUAGUGGUGCUGGUGCUGGGGGAACGAUCGUCAAUCCUACCAGUAGUAAACUAAGUACAGAUAAGGAGGCUUUCCCAGCUCCGAACUUUGUCAAAGUGCCAACCCCUGCUAGUGCAAAACCGUUUUCUGGAGUCACUGAUCACAAUCCCAAGGAGUCGGUGCGCUGUAGCGAAAAUGAGCGAAAAGAGUCUGGACAAGGGGAUGGUAAGAAGGCAGAAGAUUGCUCAAAUCUUUCAAAUGACGAAGGCCCUGCGCGCUUAAGCUAUGCACAAGUGGCACAAAGUCGUAAAGAUGCUGCUGCUGUUCAUGGACCUCCUACAACGUCGUCCUCGUCUUCUAAUUCAUCUUCCACAAGUGCUGCACAUACUCAAAUAAAUAGUCCUCCACAAAGUUCCUCAGGUGCUCAGUCUUUUCAGGAUGAAAGGAAGGGAAGGAGCUCUCGUGACAACAAAGACACUCGUGCGCAAUCAUCUAGGAACACGCGUGGGAAUAGUGACCGAGAUCGUGUAGAUCAGACUCAAGGUCGUUACCCAGAAAGGAACUAUCGAAAUAGGGGACCCCGAAGCCGCGUCACGUCUGACGCAUCAGAUACUGGGAGUAAUUCUGGAGCGAGUAGUAGGCCACCACCUGCGAGAGGCCCAAGGUCUCCAAAGUGAAAAGUUGUUCACUUUACUCCAGCCAUCAUCGUCUAUCUCCGCUGCCCACAGCGUCAAACGCACCGCAUCCCUAUAUAUCAUCUCAACGGUCCCAACCAGCAAUCAAUCCUACCCAGUUACAACUUUAGCUCUGUAAUAAUAUUCACCCACCCAUCGCCACUUAUUAAGUUUUCAGAUUUCUUUCAAAUUACUACUUCUCUACAUCAACCGACGAAUUCUAAAGCCCAACUAAUCCUAAAGUGAACUUUGACGUUUCGAAUUAAUUUGUAAGAACUUUACCAAUUUACCUUAUGCAGCGUAAACGUAUUUCAGGGAACGCUAACUUAAAAUUUAAGUUUUUAAAAAUGUACCGAUUAUUAGAUAAUUCAUUCGCCAUGCUUAUCUUGUUCAAAAUCAUCCGCAUUAUUCAAAGGAUAACAAUUCUGUAAGCAAUGUAGGAUGCUACAUAAUUCUCUUCAGUAAUAUUUUCGCAUUUGAUUGGAAAUUUUAGUAUUUUCGAAAUUACGAUUAUAAGUAAUUGAUUGCCCUGCAUUUGAUAAACUUUAUUGUGAUCUGCAUUAUAUAAACCAUGUAAAGUAAAAGAAGAAAAGGGUUUCUUAUCAAAAGUGGUCUUUUGCCACAAUUUCUAUUUAUACUCCUUUUUAAUUGAGUCGACUAACCACAUAGUAAAAAAAAGUAGUUGCCAAUUCGAAUAGCUACCCUCUAUACUUGUACAACCCUUGGAAAAAAAUAUGACCAUUCAUUGCUUUCAGUUAGGCAGCUUUGACUUGGCUUGCAUAUUGGAGGUAUCAAGUUUUCCAUCCUUUUGUAUUACCUGUCCUACCAACCAAACUAAUAAUCUUAUCAUCAUAACUCGUCUAUUACUAUACACUACAAUAAUAGAUAGUGACUCAUUUAUGUUAAGCAAAAGAACUGAUUUACUGGUAUUUGUAAUUUAAUACGUUAGGUACUAUAAAAUUAAGCCAGGGGAGCGAUGACAGUGAUAUUUGCGCAUUCAUCGGUCAUUGUUUUAAACUUAAUCUGCGGCCAUAUGAUAAGUAACUCUAACUGAUCCAAUGAAUGCAGUGGAGAAUUAUAACAUUACAUAAUAAGGAGGAUGGUUGUCAGUUGUUGUAGUGUACUUAUCAUUUGACCAAGUCAAUUCCUAAAAAAGAUCGAUGCUAAAUUCUGCAGUCCAAUAUUUGGAAAAUUAUUCAUCCUCGAUAUGAUGAAAUAUGGGCAAUCAGUAUCCUAUGCAUAUGUAGGGUCGACUAGAACAAUAGUUUGAGUUGGGGCGAAAUUUUGCUAGACCAACGAUUUAAAUAAUAAGAAUUUAUCAUAUUGCCAAAUCACAAUCAAAUCUUUAUGUUAGACACAAUAGGAUGAUACUAUUAUCGAUUUAAAGGUAAAUUAAAAUCAAUGCAAAUGUGUGUGCAACCCAGGGCGUAUGUUUGUGUGCGUGUUUGUGAUAAAAGUACUACGAAUCUAUAUAGUAUGUGAAAUUGUAUACGUUGCAGUUAAAAAGACUAACAGAUAAUAUUUAGCUGGAAUAAUGGUUUCAAUUAAUAGAUGCAGAAUUAAAGUUUUGUUUUGGCUCAUAUGUUCAUGAAUUAAAAGUCUGUUAAGUUCACGCAAAAUAAAUUAGGAAAGCAAUGUGCCUCAAUUUUACCAUUCAUUCAUAAUAUUUUGCUGGAUAAAUUUCUUGCUACAAAACAACCCCUGUUCAGAUGAUGGAAGGAAAGACAUAACAAUUGAGCGAUUGAAAGUUUUGUUAUUUUUGUUGGUCUUAACAAGUCGUUAAAUAUAGUACCAAUUACCAAAUCAUGUAUUCAUUAUUAUGCUUGUAUUAUGUAUAAUGUCACUUAAUGUUUUUACAAUAUUUUGGUGAUUAGAAUUUAUAUUGGUUUAAAUUGCCUUGGUUUUUAUCAGUUUUGCUAUAAUAAUCUAUUUUUAGGGUUUAAAGCCAGUGAAAGCCAUCAUUUAAUAUUUGUAGGUUAAGGGGGAUUUACUCUUUCGAUAAAAAGACUAUGAUAAUGGUCGGUUACUUUGCUCAGACCAAAUUAUACAAAUCAGCAAAGCGUACUAAAUUUAUGUCGACAACUCUCAACUCGUAUCUUUUCAAUUCGCGAGGCAAUUCUUAAUUACUUCAAACGAAUCAAGGACAAUUUGAUAUUUUAGGACGAUGCUUAUUUCUUACCCGAAUACAUUCAUGGGGAACUAACUAUUGUUGGAUUAGACGAUGUAGUAGGGAACUUGAGACAAAUAUUGGUGUGUGUCCGCAAUUAAUCAGUCCAGUCCGAUAAGUAAGACAGUGGAAGGUUGUUUAAGACUUAUUAAAUUACCUUUUGCAUCGCCAGCAUUAACAAAAAAUAUUAUAUUUCACCAGAGCUACUAGAUAUGUAUGUGUAUACAUAAUUUUCCGAGAAUUGAGUUCACCAAAAAUAAACCUACUAUGCAUACGACUAAAGCAAUUUUUAAGAAACAUGAAUAAUUCUAGAAUUAUAUCUCUUGCCUUUUGUCCUUUGUAAUGUCGACAAUUACGUAAUAUUCAUAAUAAUAUUAGCUUGAGUUUUUCUGAUUACUAUAUUAAUACAGAUUAGGAUAAGAAAAACAUAAGACUUAACAUCAAUUUAUUUAUUACUAGAAUGAAUACAAUUAUGGUAGUGAUAUAAUAAUUUGCAAUCGUGAUUCACGUUAAUGUCGAAAUUUAAAUGAAUCACGUAAUCUUCCUUAAGGAGGCGAUGGAAAGAAAGUAUAGGACGUCGAUAGCGGUCUUAGGUUUGUUUAAGGAUGUCUGAUGAGAAGGAAAGUGGCUGAAGAUUUGCUGAAAUUACUAAAUCCGUUAAAAUUAACUAAUUAUUCGUGCUCUUCAUUAAAUUAUUGUCAUUGUGUAUGGGCUACACGUAUUUUGUCUAAUUAAUAUUUGUAUGUAGGGAAGCUGUUCGUUUUAUUAGUUUCGAUAGUGAACGUGGUAAUUUAAUUGCAAAUAUAUUUUAAACUGUAUGCUAUCUAUAAUUAUUUCAAACCAACAAAUUAGCGGAACUGGGUUUCGACCAUUUGUAAAUUAAGUUAAUGAAUUAUCGUACGCUGCAGCAACAUUAUUGCAAUUUAUUUGUUUCUUAAUUGUUUCACGGUUGAGUACCACUCUAAAACUAAAAAGAGUGACGAAGAAUGUUUUUUUUGUCGGUCGUGUAUAAUAUAAACAUGUAGGAAAUAUUUGUAGUUCUGCUAGAAAUAUUCCUGCACGUUAUAUGACUGGAUAUACACAUAUGUAGGGCUGUACUUGAUGAUUUAUUUAAUUUAAUGGUUAGCAAAGAGUGUACAGGUUGGUGGAACAAUCAAUUAGGCUGUGCUAAUACAUAUAUAUUUGCCUUCCUGACCACACCUUUAUUGUUAUUAUAUUUAACUCUGAUUAUUAUUUUGCGAUUUUCUGAUAUGAAUGGAUGGGCAUUUGUCAUUGAAGGAAACCCUACCACUUGUUUUACGAACUUGACUUGGCGAAUCCUCACAGAUUCCGAUAAGUGUAUCCUAAUACAUAGUCGUCUCAUCCCAACCCUUGAUCAACUUUAAGAAAAAAGUCACUUUGUAGAGUUUCAAAUAAUUUAUACAAGACAUAAAGUAACUGCCUAUAUACACGCAUAACAAUUCGAUGUACCUAAUUAAUUAGUAAUGACAAUUAUAACUUCAAAUUUAUUAUUUACUUGUUUUUUGGCUAAAUAAUGCUUAAAUAAUGUUCCAAAUGUCGAUGUGUCUCAGUCAGUCAUUCGUGCAAGAAAGCAUAAAUUAUGCAUUGUAAGAGGACAUGGGUCCUCGUAUGUACCAGUCAAAAAUUCUAAAUUCUUCAAGUGUUUCUUCAGACAUCUAAAUUUUGGUGGAAUUGGAACCGUGUCGUCGUUUUUAUUGGUAUUAUUGUUGCUUUAUUGCUCAGCACACAAUUGUGUUGCUUGUGUUACUAUGAAUUAUUAUCAUGUUUAGAACCUUAUGUACUAUAUACUCAUAUUAAGCUCUGUAUUGUUGUACCUCUGUUGACUGUUAACUUGUACUAAUUUAUCUGAUAGAAAAUUUACUAAAUUCAAAUGUUUGGUUUUACUCGUAUUUUGUUUUGCCUCUUUUCCACUUCGGUUGAAUUUUGAUUUAUUUUCUGAAUGAAUUGAGAAUGCUUGAAUUGUUUGAGUUGCAUACGUUCAUGUUCAAAAAUACAGUUUUGUUAUUACAUUAAAAAAAGUAAAAACAAAGAAAUAUAUAAAGUUGUAGUUGAGUGGAGAUUUUUUGAUUUUUGUUUGCAUUUGAUUUUGUUUCUUUUUUAUUGGUUAAAUGUGUUGUUUCAGUUAUUACCCCUUGCCUUUUAAGACACUACAUAUAAGUGUAUUACAGCCACCUUUGUGAUUGGUUAUACAUGCUGAGAAUGAUAUGAAUGUGUGCAGGCAUUAUUAAGGGUGUAUUGUGAAAUUCGGGGUUUAAAAUCCUCCCGGCCAUUAAUUGCUCAUGCCGCUAAUACAUAAUUCCAUUUACGAUUGUUAAAAUUCCGGGGCCUGCAUAGAUAUAUUUACAUGAUGCGUGUGUAUGCAUACUUGGGUGAUACAUGGCGUGUUCUAAGGUACAUGUAUAUUGCAGUUAGCCCUAUUUGGGACGAUAUCAGUGUCCAUGUAUGUAUGUACUUAUUAGGUAAAGUCUUGCAGCGAGCAGCCAAAUUUGUGUCAGUAUUUUCAUUUAAAGAAAUGACAAAUUGUAAAAUAUUUUAACUCUCAGACCCCAGAAAACAAGAUUGAGCUAUUAUUAAACAUACCAAACUGUGUAAUAUUUGAAUUGCCUUCUUUGAAUCACUACUUCGACCCUUCGAUUUGGAAGAAAAUUACAUUAAGCAGUCGUGAACAUUUAAAAUAAAUGAAACAAAGAUACAAAACCAAAUUGAUGUCUUGUAUUUCAAAACUGAACACAAACUCUGCAAAUCCCAAGUGAUUAAGUAGCUGCAUGGUAUGUACAUGUGCUUAAAGUCUAUAAAUUAUACACUUACUUAUGAACAUAAAUACAUAUAGUGAUUGUCAGAAUUAUUGCAAAACACUGCGGAAUAUGCACAUAUGUAGGUACGCAUUGCGACUCUAUAUAAUGACAAUUUCGGUAGAGGUGUUUUACUAGUCGCUGUGAUAGAUAAUCAAGUAUCGCUUUUUCAAAGUUGUGUCGCCAUGAAUUGCAGUUCUUCCCUCCCAGUCUGUCCAAAAGUUGUUGGAUUAUUGGCCGGUUCAUUAAAGUACGUGUUUUCUAAAAAUUAAUCUUGACAAAUUAAUCUUUUGCGACGAUGCCGUUCCUUUCGUACACCACACAAUUUCAAGUAACUAAUCGGUGAAAAACUUUUUUGUUGGAUUUAUAAUCAUAGCUGGAUUUGAGUGUGAAAUUAUUUAAUGACAGAUAAUUUGACUACUAUUACAAAGUUUUCCAUAAAACGUGAGGGAUUAUAAAAAUUAACAAAAUAAGCUCUUGAUGUUUGAUGGAGCUUCGAACGCAAAGCAGGGGAAGCAGUUUGUGCAUUAUUAAUUUAAUUUAGUAAAGUGAAACAGAAGAAUAAAAAACUUUGCUAUAUUGUGUAAAUUAAUGAAUAAUAUAUGUAUGCAAAAAUCGACAUGGACGGACACUGGGCCCGACAUUAAUUGACGUCAUGAUAAGUAAAUUAGAAACAAUUUAUCGUUCUCCGGUAAUUUUAAGGUCAUCUACUGGCGGUGCAUUUCAUUUGUAAUAAUAAUACGAAGCUAUACAAUGACAACCAUAUAGAAUUAAUGUAUAUAAAUGACGCAAAUGUAAUGUUGGGACGAGAAAACAUGAAAGCAGCCAAAUGACGAAAAGAGAAUAAAAUCGACUCAUUUUUAUAACAAAAAGACUA